AUGGCUCCAAGCGUUGAAGUGAUCGGCCUCGGACUCGGGCGAGAGGCGCUUGCGUCUCGAUUCUACGGCCCCGGGUUCAUUGCCUGCUGGUAUGUCCUGGUCAUAUGCGUAGCCCUGUCCUGGUUCUUCAACACAUGGCAGCGUUUUCGGAUCACAAAUGAACUCAUCGCGGUGGUGGUCUACCCGAUCGCCGCCAGCGCUCACCUCCUCUACCAGACCAUCCGCUUCCCAUCAGCCAGGAGCCAGUACCUCGCCAAUAACCUGGCCAACAUUCUCAUGCCCGAGGUGAAUGGCCCGGUUUCAGCGGGUACCGAAUCCGGGGUCUACGUGCUCGAUGUCUCGAUGGAGGGCCGAGAGACGAUAUUCCCUCUGGUCGCAUCCAUCAACGCGGCGUUGCGCAUCGCGGACAACUGCAUUUAUUUGUGUCUCGUCUCUCUGGUUCUGGUAAUCCUCGCUCACCAUACCCCCCCGAAGCCACCGCAGUUUCCCCACCGUCGUCUCCUCGGAGUCCUGCUUGUCAGCUUAUUCUGGGCAUGGAUCACGGAGGUGGUCCUUUUUGUCAAGCUCCUUGUUUAUGCGAGCCACGGCCUGCUGCCCGUCCACUACUCAAUUCUGCAUCAUCUCACGUUCCCUGUGUAUCUUGCCGCGGCCCUGCUGCUCGUGCCCGUGCCGCUCAUGCCCAUAGGUGUCGUCGUGCAGUGUCUCAUAGUGGCUUCAAAGCAACCAAGCCCAUGGAUGUAUUUUGAUCAGCUGCGUUCGGACGCCAUGAAGUCAUGGAGAAUGGCGAAGGGGGAGGGGCGGGACACCGCUUUCCGGCUGGUCCUGGAUGUUACCAAAUUCACGUGCGUGGCGGUCUUCCUCUACGGUGUCUUACUGUGGCUCGAGUAUACUGCAUGGGUGAUGUUUCCGAUACAGAUCCUGUUUCCGGAUGUGAGAAUAUCUGUGACCGAGUUCGACCAGGCUGCAGUCCUGGUGGGGGGCGUACUAGUAUUGUCAAGAAACGUUUACAAGAUCACAGCGGCGUAUGUAAGGGAAAACGGCAAAAGUUGA